UUGCAUUUGACCCACAGACAGUCCUUGUUUAUUGAAAGCACAGGAGGCCUCGUUUACAGGAACAUGAAGCAAUUUUUGUUGAUAUGCGCGGCUGUCGCCGUCGCCAGCGCUCACCACCUGGCUUUCCACGGACCUGCUCCUCUCAACCCCGACGGCACUGUUGCAGACACCCCCGAAGUCGCAGCAGCAAAGGUCGCUCAUUACGCCGAACUCGCCAAAGCCGGUGGAGCCGUCCCUCACACCUACGCGAGUGGCUACUGGUAUGGCGGUGUUCACCUUAACGCUGACGGAACCGUCGCCGACACCCCUGCCGUUGCUGCUGCAAAAGCCACCCACUUCGCCGCUCACGCACGUGCUGGAGGUCACCUUCCUGUAGUUUACUCUCAAACCUACUCGCCUUACUAUCACAGCGCCGGUGCUCCUUUGAACGCCGACGGAACGGUCGCCGACACCCCUGCCGUUGCUGCUGCCAAAGCCGCCCAUUUCGCCGCACACGCACGUGCCGGUGGAUACCUUCCAGUAGUUUACACUCAUUCUUACGCUCCCCACUAUUACACCGCCGGUGCUCCACUCAAUCCCGAUGGAACCGUCGCUGACACUCCCGAGGUUGCUGCUGCCAAAGCUGCUCACUUCGCUGCCCACGCUCACGCCCACGUAUAAACGCUUGUCGAUCUAACAAACAAUACCCUUAUUUGUUAUUUCGAAUUCAUCUUUUUUUAUAAUUAAAAACGUCUUUCUUUACCAAUUUCAAAAUCUCAUAUCUUCAAUCCUGAUACCAAUUUUUCUUUAAAAUAUGUAAAUAUACUAUAUAUUUUGUAAAAUAUACUUAAAUGAAAUUGAA